AUGUCGAAGAAACAGUAUUUCAGCACUGAGCGAGAUGCAGAUGCCAUUUUAGAGAUGCUGCUGAAUGGAGAGGUGUCAGAUCUCGAUUUAUCAUCAGAUGAAGAAUUAGUUCCUGAUGUAGAAUCCUAUUGUACUUCAAGAGAGAAGGAAGGCAAGUACAUUACCAAUGAUCUGUUCAGUACUAUGGCUGAUAUGACAAACAUAUAUGCCUUGCACAGUGGAACAAUUAGCAAUUUCAAACAAAGUACACCAGCGGAACUCCAAAUCUUGUUUGGGCUUCAUAAAAUUAUGGGAACUCUAAAAUUUCCUAGAGUCGGAAUUUAUUGGGACACAACAUUGAAAAUGCAGUUAUUCUUGGACAGUAUGCCCAGAAAUAGAUUCUUCCAACUCAAAAUAAAUUUAUAUCUUGUUAACAACACGACUAUACCAGCAGACAAUAAAGAAAAGUUCUACAAAGUUCGGCCUAUAUAUACUGCCAUCCAUAACAGAUGUCUGGAGUUAUCUGUGGAGGAAGAGCUUGGUGUUGAUGGGGCAAUGAUCCCAUUCCCAGGGAAGCUGUCAGUCAGUCAAACAGGAGCGUCGACUGAAUUUCAGGCAUCUUUGUUGAAGGAAUUUGGCCAAGGUCCAACAGUAGUUUUACAACUAGCCCACAGAAUAAAAAACCAAAUGGGACAUAAGAUAUAUUUUGACAAUUUCUUUUCUUCAUACAAGCUUCUCCCAGCGGUGAAACAAGAAAAAAGUUGUGCUACUGGAACUGUCAGAGUUAAUCAUUUUGCAAAUCCUCCUUUAGUACCAGAUAAGGAGGCAAUGAAGAAGGAAAGAGGAUUUUCAGAAGAAAUUUGUAGCGCAGAUGACAUAGCACCGGUAAAAUGGGUUGACAACAAAAUAGUUGUUCUAGGCUCUAAUUUCGUUGGAAAAGGAGAAAUUGACAAAGUUGAAUGCUGGGACAAAAUAGAAAGUAAAUAUGUUACUAUCGAUCGACCAGAGAUUGUAAAAUGCUACAACCAUGGCAUGGGUUGUGUUGAUCUUUUCGAUCAAUUGAUGUCAUACUACAGAAUUUUUAUAAAGUCAAAAAAUGGACACUCAUAG